UGGCUCGGUCGUUCACUCUCAGCCUCUCUCCCUCCCGCUCCCCCUCCUUCUCUCUCUCGCGGCUGCCUUCUUCUCCAGGGCUCCAGCAUCAGCAGCCUUCUAGGUAUAUGGAGUAGACAGACCCCAGAGCAGGAAGGACAGGACUGCCUGGAAGAGCAGUCAUUGCCCUAAAGUGGCGUGACACAGGGAGACGCACAGAAGCGACUGCAAACCCCCCCCCAAUUGUGACAGCUGAUUUUUUUUUUUGGUCCCCCUUCCCAACCCAACUCUUGAGAAUCAUAUCUCUUCAACUUAUACUGUGGGAUUCUUCAGUGGAGAGAGUGUUAAGAAUUUGGCAUAGAAGGAAACAAAAGACUCCCCCCAUCUCUGUUAGGUUUAAUUUGAAUUCCUCUUAGCCUGCACAUCACACAAGCAGGAACCAGUGAGAAGUGGUCAAUAUGGGGAAGGGGAUUCUACUCCUGAGCCUGGUGGCUACAGCUCUACUGCUCCAGCUCUCCACCGCCGGUCUUGUGAAGAGGGUGAUCCGUCACCGGCGGGAGACCCUGGCAUCCCAGACUGCGGAGAAUGUCACUCUCCCCAGUCCAGAUCAGCCAGUGGUGUUCAACCAUGUCUACAACAUUAAUGUCCCCUCUGGAUCUGCAUGCUCUGUGGACCUUGACUCUCCUGGUGGGGCAGAGCUAAAGUCCAAGACAAUGCCGUCAGACCUGCAUGCCACUGAGCACACCUUGGAUGGUGAGAAUCAGAUUGUCUUUACCCACCGCAUAAACAUCCCACGGCAAGCCUGUGGCUGCAAGAAUGACCUCCCAGAGCUGAAGGAGCUCCUGAACCGGAUAGAGAUGCUGGAGGCAGAGGUGUCCAACCUGAGGGAGCACUGUACCAAUGGAGCCGGAUGCUGCGGAGCUCCAGCUAUAGGUGAGAUUGGGACCAAGCCCUACUGUAAUGGCCAUGGUAACUACAGCACAGACACCUGUAGCUGCCUCUGUGAGUCAGGUUGGAAGGGGCCAAACUGUACAGAGCCUGAGUGCCCCAAUGACUGCCAGGACCAGGGUCGCUGCGUGGAUGGCCAAUGCAUCUGCUUCGAGGGCUUUGCAGGCGAAGACUGCAGUAUCGAGGUGUGCCCCGUGGACUGCGGUGAGAACGGCCAGUGCAUUGAUGGAGUCUGCAUUUGCGCCGAUGGCUUCACCGGGGACGACUGCUCCCAAACCAGCUGCCUGAACAACUGCCUCGGCCGAGGCCGCUGCGUGGAUGAUGACUGCAUCUGUGAGGAGCCCUGGACAGGAUUUGACUGCUCUGAGCUCAUCUGCCCCAAUGACUGCUACGAUCGCGGCCGUUGCGUCAAUGGCACCUGUUAUUGUGAUGAUGGCUUCACUGGCGAGGACUGCGGUGAGCUCACCUGCCCGAGCAACUGCAACAAUCGUGGCAUCUGUGUAGAUGGCAAGUGUGUCUGCAGUGCAGGCUACACUGGUGAAGACUGCUCUAAACUGACCUGUCCCAACAACUGCAACGAGAGGGGCCACUGCUUCAACGGGAUGUGCGUCUGUGACCCAGGCUACCAGGGUGAUGACUGUGGAGAGUUAUCGUGCCCAGAAAACUGCAACAACCGGGGGCGUUGCGUGGAUGGCCAGUGCGUCUGCGAUAUUGGGUUCCAAGGUGAGGACUGUGGAGAGCUCUCUUGCCCCAACAACUGCCUCAACCGAGGCCGUUGUGUCAAUGGACAAUGUGUGUGCGAGGAGGGCUUCGCCGGAGAAGACUGCAGCAUCCGAACCUGCCCCAAUGACUGCUACGGCCGGGGAGAGUGCAUGGAGGGGAAAUGUGUGUGCUAUGCCGGCUUCACGGGCCACGACUGCAGUGAGCUGACUUGUCCCAAUGACUGCAUGAACCGGGGCCGGUGCGUUGAUGGCCAGUGUGUCUGCGAUGAGGGCUUCACAGGGGAUGAUUGCAGCGAGAAGACCUGCCCCAACAAUUGCCUCAACCGGGGUGACUGUGUAGAUGGUACGUGUGUCUGCUGGGAGAGCUAUGCUGGAGAGGACUGCUCCGAGCUCACGUGCCCAGGAAACUGCAACGACAGGGGACGCUGCCUCAAUGGGAUCUGUAUCUGCGAUGAGGGCUUUGUGGGAGAUGACUGCGGAGAGCUGGGAUGCCCCAACAAUUGCCAUGAGCGUGGACACUGUGUGGCUGGCCAGUGCGUGUGUGAUGAAGGCUACAUCAGCGAGGACUGUUCUGAAGUUUCCCCACCAAAGGACCUGACCGUGACGGAGGUGACUCCAGAGACAGUGAACCUCACCUGGAUUAAUGAGAUGGUGGUGACGGAGUACCUAAUCACUUAUGUGCCCACGGCCCCCGGUGGACUGGAACUAGACAUGCAUGUGCCAGGGGACCAGAAGUCUGCCACCAUCAGAGAGCUGGAACCUGGAGUGGAAUACCUGAUCAGCGUGUACGCCGUGCUCAACAACCAGAGGAGCGUGCCCGUCAGUGCUCGCGUGGCCACACAUCUCCCUGAGCCCGAAGGCUUGAAGUUCAAAUCCGUGAGGGAGACUUCCGUGGAGGUGCAGUGGGACCCCCUGGACAUCGUGUUUGAUGGCUGGAAUCUCGUUUUCAGAAACACGAAGGAGGAAGGUGGGGAGAUUGAACACAUGCUGGGCCGCCCAGAGACCAGCUUCGACCAGUCUGGACUGGGUCCAGGUCAGGAGUAUGAGGUCAAGCUGCAGGUGGUGAAGAACAACACUCGAGGACCAGCUACCAGCAGGAACGUUGUCACUAAGAUCGACGCGCCCAGCCAGGUGGAGGUGCGAGACGUGUCGGACUCCACAGCGCUGAUAACCUGGUUCCACCCCGUGGCUCAUGUAGAUGGUGUCACCAUCUCCUAUGGGCCUCUGUCAGAUCACUCGCACCGGAAGGCUGUCAACCUGCCCCCAAUUGACACCCAGUACCAUGUGGAUGGCCUGGAGCCGGACACCGAGUACAAGGUCACUCUGACAUCACGAAAGGACCAGACCCACAGCGAGCCGGUGCAUGAGACCUUCCUCACAGACCUGGAUGCCCCCCAGGACCUGCAGACGACAAACAGGACAGAUGCCAGCAUCACACUGGAGUGGAGGAACAGCCGAGCUGGUGUAGAGAGCUACCGCAUAAAGUACGGCCCCAUCUCGGGUGGGACCCAUGGCGAGCUCCUGUUCCCCAGCUCAUCUGAGGGAUUCACGGAAGCUACAAUUACAGGUCUGAGGCCGGGCACAGAGUACGGGAUGGGGGUUACGGCCAUGAAGGAAGAGCGUGAGAGCUCCCCUGCCACAACCAACGCAGCCACCCUGCUGGAUGCCCCCAAGGACCUGGAGGUGAGGGGUGCAACUGAGACAACUCUUGUCCUCGGCUGGAGGAAACCCGUAGCCAAAAUCAGCAUCUACCGGAUGACUUACACUUCCGCUGACGGCAGGAAGGUAGACAUAGAGAUCCCCGGUGAUGUCACCACGGUGACCCUGAAAAACCUGGUCCCCGGUAUGCUGUACACCAUCUCCAUGAGAUCAGAGAGAGGCCAACAGAGGAGCAUGUCUGUCGAACUUCUGGCCGCCACAGAGGAAGAGAAACCCCAAGUAGGGGGUCUCACCAUCUCAGAAGUGUCGUGGGAUAGCUUCAAUGUGUCCUGGCUGUCAGAGCAUGGGUCAUUCGAAGGCUUUCUGGUCGAAGUGACCGAUUCGGAGGGUGGGGACGAGGGGCAGAACCACACCCUACCUGCGGAAGCCCAGAGUGUGGGCAUCACCCAGCUGUCCCCCAGCACCCUGUACACAGUCAGCCUCUAUGGGGUGUAUCGGGGCUCCCUCUCAGAGCCCGUCCUCACAAAGGCCCUCACAGAAGCCGAACCAGAAGUGGAUAACCUUUUCAUUUCGGACGUCACCCCAGAAAGCUUCCGCCUCUCCUGGACCGCAGAUGAGAAUGUCUUCGAUAGAUUUGUCAUUAAAAUUAGGGAUUCCGAAAGACCCAUGGACAUGCAGGAGUUUGAAGCAUCUGGCCAAGAAAGAACCUUGGUCCUAACGGGUCUCGCCGAAGGCAUCAAGUACGAAAUUGAACUCUUCGGGGUGAUUCUGGGACGCCGCUCCCGGUCCGUAGCUGGUGUAGCUCGAACAGCUCUGGGCUCUCCCCAGGGCAUCCGGUUCUCCGAUGUCACCGACACCUCGGCCACAGUCCACUGGUCCAUGCCUCGCGCCCGCGUGGACAGCUACAGGGUCACCUACGUGCCAGUCAGAGGAGGUAGUCAAAGGGCAAUCACUGUAGAUGGUGGGGAUUCACACACCGUGCUGGCCAGCCUGAUCCCCGGUGUGACCUACCAGGUGUCCGUCAUUGCUCUCAAGGGUCAGGAAGAGAGCCAGCCAGGGAUAGAUUUGGUCACCACGGCUCUGGAUAAGCCUCGGAGCCUCACCGCCAUCAACAUCACAGACACAGAGGCUCUGUUGCUCUGGCAGCCAACCAUCGCCACCGUGGACGGUUAUGUCAUCACAUAUAGCGCCGACACAGUGUCACCGAUGAUGGAACGAGUGUCUGGCAACACUGUGGAGUUUGAGAUGAGCAAUCUCAUUCCUGCCACACAGUACAGAGUCAAAGUGUACGCUGUGAGAGAGGCCCACAAGAGUGCCGUCACCACCACCGAAUUCACCACCGAUGUGGAUGCCCCCCAAGACCUCGCAGUCAGUAACAUCCAGGCAGAGAGCGCACUGCUGACCUGGAGGCCUCCACGGGCUGAAAUCACUGGCUAUGUCCUGAGCUUUGAGUCGGCUGAUGGAAUCACCAGGGAAGUUGUGCUGAGCCCCACAGCUACCUCCUACAGCAUGACUCAGCUCAGCAGCUCUACCAAGUACAAAGUUCAGCUUUUGGCCCUCGCUGGUCCAAAGAGGAGCCAGUUCGUCACCACUUUUUUCACCACCAUCGGUGUGCUAUACAAAAACCCGAAGGACUGCUCCCAGGUACUGCUCAACGGUGAUGCCACCUCUGGCCUCCACACCAUCUACUUGGGUGGAGAUGAGAACGAGCCACUCCAGGUGUACUGUGACAUGACGACUGACGGUGGCGGCUGGAUUGUGUUUGUUAGGCGUCAGAGCGGGAAAGUGGACUUCUUCCGGAACUGGAAGAACUACACUUCCGGGUUUGGGGAUAUGAACGACGAAUUCUGGCUUGGGCUCAACAACCUUCACAAAAUCACAUCCACCAGCCAGUACGAGCUGCGAGUGGAUCUUCAGGACAAAGGAGAAACAGCCUAUGCGCAGUACGACAGGUUUAGCGUCUCUGAGCCACGCAGCCGCUACAAGGUCUACGUGGGCGGCUACAGUGGCACAGCUGGUGACUCAAUGACGUACCACCAUGGUCGCCCCUUCUCCACCUACGACCAUGAUAAUGACAUUGCUGUCACUAACUGCGCCCUGUCCUACAAGGGCGCCUUCUGGUACAAGAACUGCCACCGCGUCAAUAUCAUGGGCCGAUAUGGAGAUAACAGUCACAGCAAGGGUGUCAACUGGUUCCACUGGAAAGGCCACGAGCACUCGAUUGAGUUUGCUGAAAUGAAGAUCAGGCCGUCCAACUUUAGGAACUUCGAAGGAAGGAGGAAAAGAUCAUAGACCUUCAGUAAUAUCCUUCCACCUCAACACCUUUCCUGCCUCACUUCUGCCCUUGCUGAAUCUGCUCACCCAUCUGCACCCCACCCCCCGCCACUACCAAAGCCUCUGAAAAGAGCCCUGACCACUCUGUCUGCACCCCUCCGCUGAACUCACAUUGCUAGAGGGCCUCACCAGAAAAGGCUGUCCCCCUCUUCUCCAACAAGAUCUUUGAGAAUCUAUAAUUGUGGCAAUGAGGCAAAACUUGCUGAGAUGACUCACAGCCACAAGUUGUGGGUCAAAAUAUUUUAAUUUAGAGGCAGGCAAUGCCACCCAAAUAUAACGAAUCAGAUUUUAUUGUAAGAUUCGAAAUUUUUCCCUCUGAUUGCUAGAAUGGGUACAAAUCAUUUUUCCUUAUUUAUGGCUGCAAUUGAGAAAUUUGAAUUUCCGCAACUCCCCUUGAGGAGACAAAAUAAAAUAAUGUAAGUGGCUGUCAAAAUUUAUUUUCACAACGUUCCUGUUUUGGCAUAAGUCUUUUCUCUUAACAUUAUAAUUACAGUAAGUCCUGAGCUUCUGGACACGUAAGGGACUGGAGAUCUGUUCAUAUCCCAGUAUCUGUCAAAUAAUGUAUUAAAUACUGUGGUACCACACUCCUGCAUUUGGGCAGGAAAAGUGUUCAUGCUGAAAGCAACUUCUGCAACUUGUUCAGCUUCGUUAUUUAUACUUCUGCAGAGCAGCUGUGCACUUUAUUAUUUUUCACACAAAAAAGCAUGAUUACCGAUAUGCAACGGCAACAACGGCUAUGGCAGCAGCUUGUUUGGCGAAUGCAGGGACUGCUGGUGAAGACAUCUAUUUUAUGGCUUUUGAACUCGCAUCUAUAGCUAAGGACAGUAGGUUGGACAUACGCGCACAUUUGCUCAUACAUUAGUAAUUCAAGGACUUACUGCAAUUUGUAAAUGUUUAACGCCGGUUUCAAAUGGCAGCCAUGUUCGCAGCCAGUUAGCGGCUUGUACCAUGCAAUCGAAAACCAAACUGAAAAAUCAACUGAGCUUUUUCUGAUGGAGGGGUGCAUACUUGAGGGCUGGUGCUUUAUUAUAAAAUAAAGAAAUAUUGGGUGUUCUCUGUUUUGUGUCGCAUCCAGUCACAGUGGUGUAUUUCAUUUGGUUUUUGUACAAAGGGCAGAUUGUUUUGUGGUCUUGUAUUUUCAGAGCCUCCUCACAAAGAAUUUGGCAAAGCUCACCUUUGCAAUUUCAGUCAUUUUUUUGUGUUCCCACUAUGGCUCCUAACCUAUUACUAAAUCAAUUUUAAAAAAUGGACUGAAACAAAAACAAGAAGAAAGGUGUUUUUUUUUUUUUUUUUUUUUUUAACUGAUGCCUUGCAGGCAGCCUGCAUUGUGAAGUAUUGUUCCAACCUAACAGUCUUUAGUGAGGAGGCCUGAAGGAGUUCGUCUGUGUCCACCCUAGUUCUCCUUUCUCUAUCAGUUUGUGUGCCCCACCCCCUCUCUCCAGAUCUGGUUAUAGACUAUCACGAAAAAAGUACAUGAACAAAAUUCUGUGGUAUGCAAAUUCAAUGCAGAUACUCAGAUUAUUGAGGACAUGUUGAAGACCAGAUGGAUGGGCUAUGUGUCAAAGACCAUGCAAGCACUGAAUGAUGAUCCAACUCAUUUAUCUGGGCUACUAUUUUUCACCUUUCAAUCUAUUAACUUCAGCACAAAGAGAGAAAUGCAUGUCUGGAUUUAAUCGGUGUACGAAAUUUAAAGCAGGACAUAUUACUCAUUGCAAUAUAAAAUGAGCAAUUUUUUCUAAAUGUAAAAUCAUAACAUAAGGAAUACAAAAAAAAAGGGUAUGUGUAUGUUCCAUGAAAAAUGGCCAGUUCUUUCAACAUCAUGAAGUCAUUUCCAAUGAAGAUGGAGGACAUCUUUCGAACUACAUUAAUAAGAUGUCUAUAAAUUACCAUCCAGCACGAGCUGGCGAAAUUCUGUUUACAAAAUUUUUUGCUUAUAAAGCAAAGAUUUUGAUGGAAUUGCUCCUGCUCUUACGAAAAACUUAUCGAUAGAAAAAGUAUUGCCACUAGACUAAAUCCACUGACACUAUUGAAAACUGUGUAAAUUAAGCUACAUUACAGUGUGUUUUUCCUUUUCU